CCGAACCGGCCCAAACAGACCCGAAACGACGCUGUUAGCCACUGAUCAAUGUAACAACUAUAAGGUUUAUAAUAUCGGUUCAAUUCGUAGUAUUGUGUUAGGAAUUUUACUGUUAUCAAGGUCGGAACAUUCAGGAUACAGACGUGUUUAUGCAGUGAGGUAUUAUCUUAAUCAGUCCUCGUUUGCUCUGUUUGAUCGGAUCUUCCAGAAGGCGGGGAGCAGUGAUGGACAGCGAGAUGUCUGAUAUAGACGAGACUCCAGCAAUGGACAGAGCUGUAGUAGAUGCAGAGAAUACUCCUCUCUACUGUAUUUGUCGAAAACCAGACAUAAACUGCUUCAUGAUUGGUUGUGACAACUGCAAUGAGUGGUUCCAUGGUCACUGUAUAAAUGUGACAGAGAAGAUGGCCAAAGCGAUCAGGGAGUGGUACUGCCAACAGUGUCAGGAAUUGGAUCCAUCUCUUUCGAUACGCUAUCGGAAAAAGAACCGUGAUAAAGACGUCGAGCCAGAGAGAGUUGAAAAACGAUCCAGCACUCCAGAGUACAAGAUCGAUAAGCGUCGAGGAUCUAAAGUUAGUGUUUCUCAAGUUUACCAUCCAAACAUGAAAAUUAAUAAUAACCCUCAGAGUAAAACAUACUGCAAGAGACUCCAAGUUUUAUGUCCAGAACAUUCCAGAGAUCCAAAGGUCCCAGCAGAUGAGGUGUGUGGAUGUCCACUAGUGUGUAAUGUAUUUGAGCCGACUGGAGAGUAUUGCAGGGUCUCGAAACGUAAGUGCAACAAGCAUUACUGCUGGGAGAAGCUCAGACGGGCGGAGGUGGACCUGGAGCGUGUCAGAGUGUGGUACAAGCUGGAUGAGCUGUUUGAACAAGAACGCAAUGUGAGGACGGCCAUGACCAACAGAGCAGGACUAUUGGCCCUGAUGCUCCACCAGACCAUCCAGCAUGACCCUCUGACCACUGACCUCCGCAGCAACAAAGACAGAUAGCCAUGCCAACAAUCUGUGCUCAAAAAUGAUUUCUUUAUAUUUGUAUACUUUUCAUAUUGUAUAUUUGUCACUAUUUGGAUGAUGUCAUUCAUAUUAAAACUCUCUUCAUGUGUC